AUGUCGUCCACCAUCCCCCCUCGAAAUCUGGGCGCCCUGUUUCUCGAAUUCGCUCACCCCCCAAAUUCCUACGAGAAGCGCUUGAAGGAACUGUUGGGGCACCCCCAAGGCCUGAAAACGAUCGAAGUCCCUGAGCGGUUCAGCGUUAUCGAGGCGGGCACUGCGUUUGAAAUAUGGAAGGACGACAUGGCUUUAACUUCCAGGAGUUAUGAUGAAUUGUUCCCUGUCCAAGUACGUCGAGUCGGAUGGGUAUCCUAG